GUCUAUGAUAUAGUACAACAUUUAUUGAGAAAAUAAAAUAAAAAGUGUCAUAAAGUGGAAACUAAAAAAAUUGAAUGAAAAGAUUAUACACAUCAAUGGUCAAAAGAGCAAUGAAAGUCAUUGAUGAAGGCGCCUUAACUUUAUUCCUCAAUACAAAUUCAAUAAUAUUAUAAAUCAAUUGCCCAAAAAUGUUCCAUUCAUAAAUAAAUAAUCAUCUGGGUCUGUUCCCAAUUUUCAAAUUGAAGAAUCCCCUGCUUGCCUGAGUGUUAAGAAGCAGCCCCCCUCGAUUCAGGACGAAGCUUUUGCAUGGUGUUCUUAAUUUAAUAUUUUUCUCCAUUUCGAUCUCCGUGAAUUUCAAUCUCUUUCUUUGUUUCUUUCUGAUUGCUUUUGGCUGAACCCGACCUGAUUUUGUGGUGGUUCAGAGCACGAGGCUGUUGGAAUGUGCAGCUGAAUCUCUUCUUGUCUGGUUGUCUUUGGGUAUAUAAGGUGUUUGUGAAAAUGCCGCUGAGAUAGUUGUUCUUCGAAGAGACAUUUUUUUUGUUUUCCAAAACAGGGUUUUUGAUUGUACUCUUGUGGGAAGGAUUUUGGGGGAAAAUGGAAAAGGAUUACUGUUCAAGUUGGAAAUAUAGCUCAAUUCUUGGGCUAAGGAAUACGGAGGAAGACGAGGAGAUGAAAAUUGUGUCAUCUUUGCCUUCAAUUCCUCAGCCUCAAACUCCACAGGAACCCAUGGAGUUCUUGGCCAGGUCUUGGAGUCUAUCAGCUUCUGAGAUUACAAAAGCUCUUGCUCAAAAGCAGAAGCAGCUUUACAUUGAGAGGAGCCCCAUCGCAAUUCCUGAGGUCAUUGAACCCCCACAACUUCCAGGAAAGAUUAUGAGUUCUGUCCAUGCUUGGAGGAUGGGAUCAUUGGGAAAAUGGUUUCAUUUUCACCACAAGGAGGGUGGUAAUAGUGUUGACAAAAAGAAGGAUAGAGCAAGAAUUGAAAAUGCUCGUGUUCAUUCUGCUUUAUCUGUGGCUGCACUUGCUGCAGCCUUGGCUGCUGUGGUAGCAGCAGAGAACACUGGUGGCUCUGAUUCAAGAAUGGGCACGGCUCUGGCCUCGGCUACUGAGAUUUUGGCAUCUCAUUGCAUAGAGAUGGCUGAAUUUGCUGGCGCCGACCACGAGCGAGUCAGUUCGGUUAUCCGAUCCGCAGUCGAUGUUCGGAGUCCAGGUGACCUCAUGACUUUAACAGCUGCAGCUGCCACAGCUUUGCGAGGAGAAGCCGCUUUCAGAUCAAGAUUACCGAAGGAAGGCCGAAAGAUUGCUUCGGUUAGUCCCUACGAUAGGAUAAUGGCUCAAAAUCAUUGGGCUACUGCGUUUAAUAGCCAUAUGGAGGAGCAGGAGCUUCCCUGUGUGGGUGAAUUGCUGCAGUUUACACAAAAAGGAACCCUGAGAUGGAAGGAGGUCUCUGUCUACAUCAACAAGAAAUCUCAGGUAAUAGCAUCGAUUAAAAGCAAGCACGUCGGAGGGACCUUUUCGAAGAAAAACAAAUGUAUGCAUCUAAUAUCAAUGGUUUCUUCAUCCUAUUCGUCAUGACUUGUCCUAACAGCUUCAUGUAACUG